AUGAUACGAACGCGCGACCCCCGCAUCCGACAACGGAUCAAUCAGAUCUCCCAUAACCUCGAGACCGCCAACGAAACCGCCCAAGAAGGUCUCUACACCUUCUCCCACAACUAUAUCUCUCCCUGCUUCUCAUCGAUUGGAAAUUGCCUCACAGCCUGCACAGCCCCCUGCCUGCCGGGACGGGACGACCACCGACGACGACGGCGCGGCCAAGCCGAAGCGAACUUCGAUUUCUACGAUGACUGGGACAACGAAGAAGAAGACGAUGGACUCUUAGGCUGGGGAACAGGCGAACUGGACCGCCUACUGGCAGGAAGUGGGCUGGCGCGUGGGCCUGACCAACCGCGCCGUCAGAGGCGGAUGAGCUACGGAACACGCAACACAAGACGCAGGAGCACAGUGCACAUCCCUGACAAUCGGACUGAUCCCACUGUUAUUCCAAGUUCGUCACUGUUGGGUUUCUUGGAGAGAUUCCCAUGGCGCUUUGGCGCGAGGGGUGUCAAGUAUCGGCCCUCUGCGGCGGAUUUGCAGGAACACCCUGGGGCUAGACGGUAUGCGCAUGAAGAUGAGCCACUGAUGGAAGGGACGGAUGAUGAGAUUCCUUCGCCUACGCCCAAUGGAAGGAAUCGGAGUGCGACGCAGUCUUCUCGGGGGACGGAGAAUUCGCUCAGCUCGCGUGGUGAUCUGUUCCCCAGUGAUGAGGAGGAAGAUGCUGUUCCGCUGGAUGAUGAAUUUGCACUUGCUUUUGGGCGUCGUGGGACUGGUUUGGAAUCGGAUGACCAGUCGGGGCCCAGGUCUGAAAUUAAAUCGGGGUCUGCGUCUAGUCUUGGUGGCGACUCGUCCAAGAAGAUGAAACGGAAGAAGAGACGCUCUUCCAAACGCGCAAAUAGCUCAGAUGCACAUGUGCAGGACGUCGACACUCCAUCCUUGGCGGAUCUGAAAUCAGAAGAACAGCGCGCAGCUAUUGAAGAAGAGGCGGCAAUUGAGAGCAGACGGCUAGCUGCCCAGGAAUUGGCUAUGAGCCGAGGUCUCGAUGCAGCAGGCGACAAGGUUGUGGUAUCUAAACGUUCAAGUAUCCUGUCACAAGACGAGGACAAUCAAUCAAAUACCCCAAAACGGACAUUCAGCGAGUCGUCCAGUCGUCGACUAUCUGGAAAUCAACCGGAACAAUUCCCAGCCCUCUCCAUGUCCCCUUUAUCGCUCGCCGUGGACUCCCCAGGUCUUUCAAAGGCUUCACCGAGAACCAUGUCUCCAUUUCACCUCGGCGAUGCCCCAAACUCCCGGGAAUGA